GGCUCUAGACGGACGAUCAAGUCGAUCACCGAGAGAGAGCCUUAGGAGAAGGGAAGAAGGCACUUCCUGAGUGAAGCUUAUUUCCUCCUCCCAUCUGCUCUUUAUUUUGGCUCCAUUUCGACAUUCGAUAUCCACUCCUCCUUGCUUGAUUGAUUGAUUGUUUUGCUUGGCUUGGGUUCGUGAGGCCGUUCAGUUUGCAUACGUUGCUAGAACCGAGCUGCGAGCACCUUGAUUGUUUGAUUGUUUGAAUCAUCAUAACCACCACCACCACCGCCGGCGCGCGAGUCUAUUGACGACAACACUCCACACCACACGAGCAAUAUCCCAACUCGAAUCCCCUCAACCAAACCGCCAAGCUCACCCACCGCCCACACCAACCCUCAUCGACACAAUACCCGCACCAGCCCAGAUGCCCAAACACCGCGCCUCAACAUCCACAACCAUGGACCUUGUCUCCCUCGGCGGACGGUCCAAGUCCUCGUGCCCCACGUCAGAAACAGACGGCAGCGGCAGUGGCAAGGCCGAGGGCAAGGCAGAGGAGGGCGGCGCCGCGUCGGACGCGGUGCGUGAGAGGGGUGCGCAGAAUGGGGAUGCACAGGCGACUUCGUCGGGGUUUAGGGAGAGGGCUGGGGAGGCGGCGUUGAGGCCGCUGGAGGGGUGGAGGUUAGGCGGUGUUACGACUGCAUUAUUGCUUGGCCUUUUCCUCGCGACACUCGAGACGUCGAUUACGGCUACGGCACUGGUGUCUAUUGGGGAGGACUUUACAGCUACGACUACUACUACCUGGGUUGUAAUAUCCUACCUUCUCUCAUAUAUGGGCUUCGCCGUAAUCUUCGCCCGCAUCUCCGACGGCAUCGGCCGCAAAGGCGCCAGCAUCCUCGCCUGGCUCCUCUUCGCCGCCUUCUCCCUCGGCUCCGGCCUCGCCACAAACAUCAACCAACUCAUCGCCUUCCGCACCCUCCAAGGCAUCGGCGGCUCGGGCCUCUUCUCCCUCUCCAUGAUCGUGCUCCCGCAGAUCACCCCUGUCAAGCUGUGGGCCCUCAUGUCCUCGCUGGUCGGCAUGUGCUUUGCCUUCUCCUACGUCCUCGGUCCCAUCCUGGGAGGUGUGAUUGCCAACAACUCGACGUGGAGGUGGAUAUACCUCUUCAACGCCCCCGCUGCCGUCCUCGGCGUAGGCCUAAUCCUCAUCGCCUGGCCCGCGCAAGCAGAUCGCAAAAACCGCCUCUCAACAUCCCUAGCCCAAAUGGAUGUCCUCGGCGCGCUCCUCCUCCUCGUCGCCACCGUCCUGUUGGUGUUCGCCCUGCAACAAGCAGGAUCCCAAGAAUACGCCUGGAGCAGCCCCGUCAUCAUCGCCACGCUCACCGUCUCCGCAGUGUCGUGGGUGGCGUUUAUUGCGUGGAUCGCGUGGCUGGAGAGCGGGAGGUCGGGGUUGAAGAUUAAAGCGAUUUUCCCGCUGUCGAUUGCGCUGAAGAGACCGACGGGGCCGGGGAUCUUGUCGUCGCUGGUUGUGGGGUUUCCGUUCUUUAUGAUCCUGAUUAAUCUGCCGAUAAGGUUUCAGGUUGUGAACAAUGAUAGUAGCGUUAUGGCGGGGAUUCACACUUUACCCUUCCUGGGAGGAGUUGCUCUUGGCACCACACUUGGAGGUGGGAUCGCGACAAGAAAGAACUUGACGGCGCACGCACUCAUCUUCGCCACGGCACUGGCUUGUCUCGGCUCGGGCCUCAUCUCUACGACCGCUGACGGCCUCCGUAUCCCGAGAGCGCAGUAUGGGUACCAAGUCAUUCUCGGCACCGGCUUCGGGUUAGCAUUUACCAGUAUCACCAUGAUGAUGGCGCUGGCUCACGAUUUCGACACCGUUGCCGCCGCCCAAGGCGCUGUAGGCCAAUCCCGCGUCCUCGGCGGCUCCAUCUCCCUCGCCAUCGGCACCAUAAUCCUCAACCGGCACCUCUCCAACCUCGUCACCCACGCCACCUCCCCUCUCUCCCGCCUCCAGCUGUCUUCCCUCCGCGCCUCCCUCGCUGUCCUACCGAGCUUUUCGGAAGGGCAGCAGGAGGCGGUCAGAGCGGCGUAUGCGAGUGCGUUUAGAGAGCAGAUGAGGGUUUGUGCGUUUGUGCUUGUUGGAGGGGUGGUGGUCACGGGGAUGACGUGGCAGAGAGUGCCGAGGAGUGUGGAGGAGAGUAGGGCGAGGCAGGGGAGGUUGGCGGAGAUGCAGAAGGGUGGGGGAGGGGGGGCUGAGGCGUAGAAGGCUGAUCAACUCAUCUCUCUUUCUGCUUAUCUGCUUGUCGAGUCGCUUUUUCUGUAUGUGGUGGUUGGGAUGCAUUUUUUGCAUUUUUUGCCCCGUUUUCCGGCUAUGUGCCGAGUACAUCUAGUGAUCUGUCUUCGUCUUGUCUAUUUUUUUUACCAUCAUCAUCGUCAACAUCAUCACACAUCACCAACAUCACCACCACCACUCAUCACACACCAACAUCAUCACAUCAACACACAUCAUCGCAUCAUAAUCAUUUACUUUAUCGGCGUUCUCAGGACGGGGUCACAAAUUGGGGUUCACGGGGCUAUCAAACUUGGGAUAUCGGGUCUGGGCCAGGCGGGGUUAGGGAAAUCGUGUUAUCUAGCAUAGUUCCUUUUUUGUAGCUGAGGGAAGAGAGUGGGGAGAGGGAGGAGGGGUAAGAGAGAGGGAAGAACCGGGGGAGGCCAUUUUGAUGUGGUAGGGUUUUAGUAUAUGAUUUGAGAGGCGGGAG